CAGAUUCAGAACAAAUUAGGGUUUAUUCAUUUUCUUCCGUCACUCUCUUUUAUUCAAUCCGCCGCCACUUUUUUUUCCCCUUAUAUAAGCGUCGUUAAUGGCAUUAUCUUACAAUGCAUUAGCUCAGUCAUUAUAUACAAGAAGUAGCUGCUUCGUCCCGAUCAAAUACACUAAGCAGAGAAGCAGAUCGAGUGUUGUAUUCGCGUCUAAUGAUAAUAAGAACAAUGCUCUUCAAUCUAAGGUAGAUAACUUGUUGGACAGCAUUAAAUGGGAUGACAAAGGAUUAGCUGUGGCAAUAGCACAAAAUGUUGACACGGGAGCUGUAUUAAUGCAAGGGUUUGUUAAUAGGGAGGCCCUCUCCACAACCAUCAGUUCUAGGAAAGCUACAUUCUUUAGUCGAUCAAGAUCAACCUUAUGGACUAAGGGAGAGACAUCCAAUAACUUCAUAAAUAUCCUUGAUGUGUACAUUGACUGUGAUCGAGAUUCGAUUAUUUACCUUGGAACACCUGAUGGACCUACCUGUCACACUGGGGCAGAGACUUGCUACUACACAUCAGUUCUUGAUCAAUUAAACAAUGAUGAGGUUUCAGGAAACAAGCUAGCUUUGACAACAUUGUAUUCGCUAGAAUCAAUCAUUUCCAAGCGGAAAGAAGAAUCAACAGUUCCUCAAGAAGGUAAACCGUCAUGGACUAGACGGUUAUUAACUGAUGAUGCUCUGCUUUGCUCAAAGAUCAGGGAAGAAGCUGACGAGUUAUGCAGAACAUUGGAGGAUAAUGAGGAAGUUUCAAGAACACCAUCAGAGAUGGCUGAUGUGUUAUACCACGCAAUGGUGCUUCUAUCUAAAAGGGGUGUGAAUAUGGAAGAUGUUCUUGCAGUUCUUAGGAAACGCUUCUCUCAAUCUGGAAUCGAGGAGAAGCAAAACCGUACAAAGUGACUGUUGUUUCUUUGAUUUACCGUUUACAUGUAUUUGCUAGAUUUUUUGAAGUUUCUCAACUUGUACUGGUCAAUAUAAAACUCUGUAUUGUAUAAUCAUAUAUUUUUUGUGAUAAUAAUAAGAAAUAAAUGAAUCCUUAUUUAUCUAA